AUGAACAACAACACAUCUGCGAAAGACCGUCUCUGGUCUCGACGUGAGAUAGAGGGGUUGAUUGCGGAAGGAAGAAAGAUCAUUAUCCUCAAUGGACAAGUUAUCAAGGCCGAUGCAUGGCUCCCUUUUCACCCGGGAGGUGACAAGGCCAUUCUACACAUGGUUGGAAGAGAUGGGACAGAUGAGAUCUGCGCUCUGCAUUCAAUGGAGGCACAGGCACACAUGCGGAAGUUUGUGAUUGGAAGAGUCGAGGGCAGAUGGGCAAACUUCCUGCCUCCUAUUCAGGGUGGAUACUUCCGACCAUAUACGAAAGGCGAAGAAGGAGGGGAGGAGGAGGUUGAUACUGACCUGCAAAGUGAACAUCUUCUCAGCUCCUCAAGCGAUAGUUCUGGCCCACCGUCACCUAUCUUCGAUCCAGUUGACUCUCCAGCAUGGGGCCACAUGUCGAGUUUCUCUGUUUCCUCUGUUUCUGAGGAUGGACAAGCUAUCGGCAAAUCUGACCCCAUUGAAACAAAGCUCUCAGCGGAGAAGUCAUCGGAUAUCUUGAAAUACCCGUCCCUAGAUCACAAGUCACAGGAUGAAAUUGUUACCAAAUAUAGGGAGCUAGAAACCCGAAUUCGUGCUGCAGGGCUCUACGAUUGCCCCUAUGGCGCAUACGGAAUCGAAUGCUGCCGAUACCUUCUCCUAUUUGGCUCCUUCCUCCUGGCUCUACACUACUCCUGCUACGCGCUCUCUGGUGUCUUUCUCGGUAUGUUCUGGCACCAGCUUGCGUUUACUGUUCACGAUGCUGGUCACAUGGGAAUAACUCACGACUUCCAUAUCGACACCUGUAUCGGAAUUUUUGCCGCCGAUUUCCUGGGUGGUCUUUCUGUCGGCUGGUGGAAGCGCAACCACAAUGUCCAUCAUAUUGUGACCAACUCUCCCGAACAUGAUCCAGAUAUCGAGCAUAUGCCUUUCUUUGCCAUCUCCACGCGCUUCUUCAACUCCUUGCGCUCGACCUACUACGAUCGCGUCAUGGAUUUCGAUGCUGUGGCUAGAUGGGCCAUCUCGAAGCAGCACUGGCUGUACUACCCUCUCCUGACCUUGGGUCGCUUUAAUCUCUACCGCCUCUCCUGGGAAUAUUUGUUAUUGGGGCAAGCUCCUAAGAAGGGCCCAGCUUGGUGGCACCGCUGGCUCGAGAUCCUCGGACAUGUUGUGUAUUGGACCUGGUUUGGCUACGGAGUCGUCUACAAAUCCAUUCCCAACGCCUGGGACCGUUUUGUCUUCGUCAUGGUGUCCCACAUGGUCACUGCGCCUCUCCAUGUCCAAAUAACCCUGUCGCAUUUCGCCAUGUCAACCAGCGAUAUGGGUGUCCACGAAUCAUUUCCCCAGAAAAUGCUUCGCACGACCAUGGAUGUCGACUGUCCGACUUGGCUUGACUUCUUCCACGGCGGUCUCCAGUUCCAGGUGGUCCACCAUCUCUACCCGCGAAUCCCGAGACAUAACCUCCGUCAGGCACAAGGAUAUGUCAAGGAAUUCUGCAAGGAGACGGGGAUUCCAUAUGCGAUUUACGGCUUUGGUCGGGGCAAUCAGGAGGUCAUUAGCAGACUUGAAGAGGUGGCCAAGCAGGUCAGGGUGUAUGAGGAGUGCAGGAAGGCAUGUGCCCGCGAGCUGGUAGAGGGGCAUCGACACGAUCUUUGA